AUGGCCCACCAAGACAAGACCUUGCCUUCGUAUCAAGAGAUCCCCACCGUGAAGGGCAUGCCUCAUGGAUGUGCCUGGGAGUUUUGGGAUUCCUACAGCGAUAGCCAACCUGAUGAACUUGGAGCUUUGAACCUCUUGACUCCUGACCGGGUACUGGAGGCUAAGAAGGAGGUGAAGCUAGGCAUCAGUGUCGCUAUCAAUUGGCCCUUGAACAACUGCUCCACGCCUCAUUCUAACCGUCGCAAACCAGAGCUCCAGAUCGUUCCGCUGCCCGGUUGGGAAGGCAAUGACGAUGAGAUCCACAUGAACACGCAGAGUGGCAGUCAAUGGGAUGGGUUUCGGCAUUGGGCCCACCAGCCGACCCGCUUAUUCUACAAUGGAAUGACGUCCGCCGAUAUUAGGGAUAACCGAAGCAAUACGAGGAAUGGAAUCGAUAGUAAAGACUCAACCCGUUUAUAUGCGAGAAAUGACGUGGUGUUAGAAUGGACCGAGCGUGGAGGGAUUGUCGGCCGCGGAAUUCUGCUGGACUACGUUUCCUGGGCGGAAUCGAAGGGCAUCCAAUACUCGCCAGUGGAAUAUCACGAAAUCUCGGUGAAAGACCUAGAGGCGGUGGCUGCGGCUCAAGGGACUACGAUCCGCCCUGGUGAUAUUCUCCUCAUCCGAUCCGGCUUCGUUAAAUGGCACAACGAAGCUUCCGCAGAGGAGCGAGUAAGUGGCACUUCAGGGGGAAAGGCGUGGGCUGGUGUCGCGGGAACUCAAGAAACCGUCGCCUGGAUGUGGAACCACCAUUUCGCCGCUGUUGGGGGAGAUGCAAAUGCUUUCGAGGCAUGGCCGGCAAGGGAUGAGAGAUACCGACUCCAUGACAACCUUAUUGCGCUCUUUGGCAUGCCAAUGGGAGAAAUGUUCAACCUAGAGGAACUGGCAACGACCUGUAGGAAACACCAACGUUGGAGCUUUCUCUUCACGAGUGCGCCUCUCAACUUCCCAGGAGGUAUUGCAAGUCCACCGAAUGCCAUUUGUAUUUUAUAA